AUGGAAACAAAAAAGACAUGCUCCUUCGGAGAUGCUGCGGCGUGUGGGCUUUCUUGUUGCUUUCGAGGGUACGUGAAAGUGAGAAGUCCGGAUGUGGAAAGGUCGGUGAUCUCAGCGACAUACGCUUCUGCCAUGAUCACGCUCUCCCCACAAUCCGCCAAUCCUCACCCGCAACGUUCACUCCAUUCACACCCGCGUACAAACAAACAAACACACACACACACAACCACACAACAAUGCAUCCCUUUGCCCGCCCUGCGCUUGGCCAAGCCCUGCUCGUCAACACGAACGGGCCGAUUUUAUGCUUCCAGCCGGACAGUGCCGAUUUGGUGCAUAAAAAUCCCACGACUAAGGCAUACAGACAGUCUGUAUGGUGUGCAUACCACCACACAGACUGACGGACGUAUUUUCCACGAUCUCAGCGUGUCAACUGGGCCAGAAGAAAACUCUGCUGGCCGGAACUUUACGGAGCCUGGAAGCGCCAGGCUGCAGGAAUGUUCUAGAUCUUUGUCUGGUUGCGCCGAGCUUGACAGGGAUCAGAUGAAGAGUUUGAUAUGCUUCAUCACUCGCCCGACCAAAUGGCUCGCAGAAGAUCCCAGACCCGGUAUCCAAGCAAAAUGUACCAAAGGCGCGAGACGGCCAACAAGCCUUUCGUGGGGACAGGAAAGAGGUGUCUACCGUCCAGACAGAAAGUGGAGCAUGGGAGGGUGGGAUGGCCAAGACGGGCGGUUGACUUGUUGCCAGGCCGACCGACGAGGCAGCAACUCGCUUAGGCGACAGCGUCCCGUGGGCCGGUGA